AACGAUCGCUAUAAAAGAUGCGCGCGCCAGACUGUGUGAGGUCAUACGCAGUCAGAAUCUUGUGGAAGAGGUACGAGAGAGCUCUAUUCCGUUCAAGAAGACAUUGCGCGAGUUUGCAUCAGAAUUUAAAAUCGAGUGAAAGCGGAGAAAGAGAAAGCCGCCAGUGAUUCAGUGGAGAAGUUAAAGCUAUAACAGCUAGUCGUAUUUUCAACAGCGUUGAAAAUAAUUCGUUCAACGAUCGCCAACGAGGCCACGAAAAUUCCUACAUUCAGUGAAGUGUGCAAAAGAGGCGCCUUGAGGAUUAAACUAUCAAACGAGCAAGAAAAGGAGUUACUGACCGAUAUGACUCGCUGCCAGGAACCACAAUCCCAUCACGCACAAUCCACGAUGGCUGACAGCGGAAAAUCGUCAUGGUGCGAGGAAUCGCGCUACUAUGGACGCACCAUCAUAUGCGGCAUGUUACCAACCCUGCGCGAGUUGGCUUCCAGAGAAUGCAAUAGCCGGGGAAGCGUUUGCCUUGUGCCUUUCAACAUCGAAAUGGACGCGGCCAGUCACCUUCAAAUGACACUUCUUGAGGCUUAUUGCCGGGAGAUCGGGAUCGAAGUGUUGAGCGUGCCCAAGGAAGUAAUACAGGCCCAUCUGUGUCCAGGAGGCACGGAUUUGUCGUGCGUCCUGGUAACCAACGAUGAUCCGUUUUUUAUGCCAAAGUUACCAAAAUGAAACUCAAAGACUCAUUCUUGAGAGAAUUGAAAUUUAAAGACCGAAUUGCGAACGGUCUUUCAUCGAAGAACGGUCUCUAUAUCGAGGAGAUCUGCAUAAGAAGACAAAGGAGGAAGCUUUGUUUUGGCAUGCAAUGUGUCCUAUGUGUCUCACCAGCGAGGGUGCUGAUAAUGGACAUUUUAUAUUGUAAACAGCGAGACAUAUUCAAUCUAUCUCGUUAUUAAGUCUGUUUUUUUCUGUCUGUUUUGAAAACACGUUCUUUCAAUCUUCCUUUUUAUCUCUUUUUCCUCCAACGCUCGAUUAUUCGUUACUUGAGAGCGAAGAGUGUAAGACAAGGUAGCUGAAAAGAGCAGAUUCAUUAUUGUUAGAACAAGAAUUACGAUCUAUCAAGCGAGUGAUACUUCUCUCGGAAUCACUCGAUGGUUGCUGAAUAAGAAAUAUUGAUUAACGUAUGUAAUAUGUAUAUUUUUUAAUGUACAGAUCAGUGUAAAGUUUGUCGCGAGAUAAACUAAUCUUUGUUGUGUAUGUUUUGUAAAAAUCGACAGUCAAAACGUUAUUGAAUGAAAGAAUUUAUAAUACCAUCUCAUUGAUAAGAUUAUAUAAUAUUUUAAUAAAAUACAAAA